AUAAAUGUCGGUGGCGAUGGCGUAUACAGCGCAGUAAUACGGUGGCAGCCGGUAUUCUAACACCAAUGCGGUGCUAAGCCUUAGCUACAUUAGCUAUCAAAUAAACAUCAAUUUCCUAUCAAAUUUACUGCAUAAACAUCCGCUUUUCCCUCUUAUCAUAUUAUUCAAGAAGUCUCAAUGAAUUUUGCCGCGAGUGGAGGAGCCAUGAUCAGGCGGCAUGAGUACCACUUAAUAGUUCUGGUCUUCCUGAUCAGCCAUUUCAUCUGCCCCACCGUCCAGUACCGUGGCUGUGGGCCCCACCUGGCUAACGCCGUGGAGCUAGUCUGCGAGAUGCGACCGGGAGUCAACAACGAAGACCCUGAAGACCAAACAGACGAUGCCACACAACUGGUCUCGCUGCUGACGGAACAGAGUAGAAACAAGAAGAGCUCCCCUUUUGUUUCUAAACGUACAGCAAAUGGCUUUUUGCGGGUACGAUCCCGUCGGGGUAUUGUGGACGAGUGUUGCAACCGUGAUUGUCACAUUGAGGAGCUUGAGGAAUACUGUCCGCCGGUAGUUGGUAAAAUACCACGCGGGAUCGAAGACGAGCAGCAGCAAGUAACGGCGAAGGAGGAAGAACCAAUGGUCGAAGAGAGUGCAACAAUCAAUGGGAACGAGGCGUCCUUGAGGGACCAAGAAACAAACGGGAACGUUAUACCGGAAACGGAAACGGACAGAGUAGUGGCAUCCAACAUGGCGCUUGAUAUCAACGCAAACGAGGCUCCCUCUGCCGACCCAGUUCAAAAUGAGAUAUCGGAAACCUAUCUGGGAGUUGGCCUUAUUCCAACAGCUGAGCCUGUUCAGAAAGAAACCCUCUCAGUUGAGGAGGAGCUCAAGGAGACCGCCUUAGGCCAGGCUCGUCAAAAUAUCGAUCCAACUGUGAAAUCCGUUCUUCCCCAGCAAAUUAUGAAGAAUGUAAAACAGGUGGCGCCGUAUAUAGGACAAUAUAAGCCGGAUGCGCACGCGGGUUCCGCUGCCCCAAGUGAUGCUACCCAAGCCUAUAAAAUCCAAACGGUGCGAGUACCACCAAUACCGAAAGUAGGGUCAUCAAGAAGGCCUUUUCCACACAAGGUGCUUGAAAGUAUUAAUAGAUGGAGGGGUUGAAUGAUAUAUAGGUAGUUUUCAAUUUAAAAGCUUGUAGUUCAUUUUGAGUUGCUUUGUUCUGGAAAAGAAUUCCUGACUUCACGUAAAGUUAUGCUGACAAAUUAUGGCUGGAAAGGAAUGGCGCAUUUCCACAUGACGGACUGCCUGCAACUCAGUGCCCUGUUGAUUUGGCGGACUUUGUGGAAUUCGAUGGAUAUUCCAAAAUACCGUAAGAACAUAAACUACGAUAAAAUAUCUCCACUAGCUUGACAUCAGAAUCUUUCUGUCUUGAUAGGAACAGCUGAUGCCUUCACUACUCAUCUUCUUGCGGGUCGAUAGCGCGUUUUGGUAUAGAGUAUUGCGUCCAAAGUAUAACUCAUGUAACUCAUUUAUCAUGUCCGACAUCUGAUGGCAGUGAACUACACUGAAUUCCGCCAUGUCCGCCUAUUCGACGCGCUGGGUAAAUUGGAAAAUGUGCUGGCUGUCAGAUUGAAUCUCGUUUUGAUGCAGGGCCGAAACAACGUAGAUAACAGCCGGAUAUCUGUUUUUCUUUGUUUUUUAGGCUUAUGUUACGUUUUAUCAAUUCGGGUCCAGGCAUCCACCCUAGCGUCAUCCGCCCUAUACCACAUCGAAUUGACGGAAUGGAAUGAACGGAAUGUGACAAAAUCGUGCUCGGACAUCGCCGAAGGGUUUUCAAUUGGGUUGAAAUGUGUAACGGUAGAAAACGCCGGACCGCCUCUAAUUUCUAACAACAGUGUUCUGUUUGGAGUGCACCUCUGAGGUUCAUCGGAAAAUAUGCACAAAAAUGCAUAUACCAACACAUACAGUAGAACCUCUCUAUCAAGUACAACCUCGGGGUUGACAAGUGUGCUAUUUUGACAUAGGCGUCGUUAAUAUCGCCUGCAGACCGAGCCCGAGUCAUUCGAAUCCUUUGAAUCCGUUGAAUCCUCUGUUUCGAUGUUGCACUCAAGCAUAGCUGCUAUUGCUGGAU